AUUCAGCCCUCUCUCAGAAGCGCGCCAGUUGCUUCCUUUCGCGAAUAACGGAAGCGGCCUAGUUUGAGGUGGCUGCGCCAAGCUCAAUUUUUCAUCAUUCCGUUUGGCAUCUCACCCUCGGGGAGGCCUUUGUAUCUGGUUUAGCCGCUUCGAGUUACGCCUGUUGCCUUUCCGCCAUGAAACUCGUGCGAUUUCUUAUGAAACUUAGUCAUGAAACUGUCACCAUUGAACUGAAAAAUGGGACUCAGGUACAUGGAACCAUUACAGGAGUGGAUGUCAGCAUGAAUACCCAUCUUAAAGCUGUAAAGAUGACUUUGAAGAAUAGAGAACCUGUCCAGUUGGAGACAUUGAGCAUUCGAGGCAAUAAUAUCAGAUAUUUUAUUCUGCCAGACAGUUUACCUCUUGAUACUUUGCUGGUGGAUGUUGAACCAAAAGUCAAAUCCAAAAAAAGGGAGGCAGUUGCAGGUAGAGGACGUGGAAGAGGGCGUGGAAGAGGAAGAGGGCGUGGAAGAGGAAGAGGGGGUCCAAGACGAUAACUUCUUUAUAUCUGUUAUUAAAAAAAGCCCCAAACAAGCGGUAUUUUUCUUUACAGGUUUUGUUUUAUGUCAGUUUUAAUAAACAAAUGUGGAAAAUGUGUCAAGUUCUGCAUUGAUACAUUACAUGAAACUCCUGAUUACGCUUGUAUUAUCUUUAACUUUGACAGCCAAAACUUAAAUAGAAAUGUUUAAUUCUGAAUGCCAGAAUUGUGAAAUUUGCAGUCUAUCUUUUCUUGUUUUCUUCUUAUAUCUGAAGAAAUAUACUGAAACCUGAAGCAUUUGUGAAUAUUUCAGUUUAUAAGAGAAAAUUAAACAGAUAGUUGUCAUUUAGCAGCCACA